AGAUAGAAAGUAUCCAGCUACAAAGACUGCUUGAAGAUUUUACAAAUGGACCUACUGAGGCACUCAGCAUCCAUAUAAAGAAACCUCAUUGUAAACAGGCACUUUCCAAGACUGACUUCUAACAUUGAGCACCAUGGCCCAUGCUGUCUUUAUUCCUGGGUCAUCUCGAGGUACUGUGGGAGCCAUCUGCACUCUGCCUGCUUUGUGGAGAUUGACAGCUAGCACCUUGCGUCACCUUACCCUAACCAGCAUAAUGAAAUCCAAAAGAAAAACUGAUCACUUGGAGAGAACUGCAAGUGUCCUCCGACAGGAGGUCCUAGCUGCCGCUAAGGUGUGUGAUAUUGCCCAUGAGUCUCCGACAGUGAAGAGCAUCCGUUUGCUUGUCGCCGAUAAAGAUUUUUCCUUUAAAGCUGGCCAAUGGGUUGAUUUCUUUAUCCCAGGAGUCUCGGUCGUUGGUGGGUUUUCAAUCUGUUCCAGUCCCCAACUGCUAGAACAAGAGAGAAUAAUAGAAUUGGCAGUGAAAUAUACAGACCACCCUCCUGCUGUCUGGGUUCACAAGAAGUGCACACUUGGCUCUGAAGUGGCCCUCAGAGUGGGUGGAGAGUUCUUCUUUGACCCUCAGCCCACAGACGCCCCUCGAAACCUCGUGUUGAUUGCUGGAGGGGUCGGGAUUAACCCCCUGCUUUCCGUCCUGCGCCACUCAGCAGAUCUCCACCGAGACCAAGCAGACAAAGGAAGUGGCUAUGAGCUAGGAAGAAUAAAACUGUUCUACAGUGCAAAGAACACCAGCGAGCUCCUGUUUAAGAAAAAUAUCCUCGAUUUAGUAAAUGAAUUUCCAGAGAAGAUUACUUGCAGUUUGCAUGUUACAAAACAGACAUCACAGAUCAGUCCAGAGCUUAAGCCAUACAUCACAGAAGGAAGAAUAACAGAGAAGGAGAUAAGUGACCACGUGUCAGCAGAGACUCUGUUUUAUAUCUGUGGCCCACCUCCCAUGACUGACUUUUUCUCUAAGCAACUGGAAGACAGCCAAGUUCCCAAGGAACACAUUUGCUUUGAGAAGUGGUGGUAGGGAGAAGGCACGAAGAUCGAGAGCCACUCAGGAGAGCGAGACUGUUUGAGGCUGUGGGUUUGCCUCCAUCUGAGCUAUCUUUUUUUUUUUUUAAAGCUGUGAGCUAAGAGUUCAGCCCAAGACUAAGAAAAACCAGCAACAGAUGAACCCAGUAAAUUUCCUGAAGACUUCAUUUGUCAAGCUGUUGACUAUCUUGAUUUUUCUUUCAUUAAUACAUAUUUAAUUGUCUCAUGAUA